GAUUCCAGCAGACCCCUUUAACUCUUAACACUUUAGGAUUGUUAAGUAUGGACACUGUUUCCACAUACACACAUGAAUCCAGCAGCAGUAAGAGGAAAGUGAUCGCGGUGGUGGGAGGCGGUUUGGUUGGAUCGCUGAACGCCUGCUUCCUUGCCAAAAGAGGAUUUGACGUUGCAGUCUAUGAAUCUCGAGAAGAUAUUCGUCAAGCAAAAGUCGUGAAAGGUCGAAGCAUCAACUUGGCCCUGUCACAUAGGGGGCGCCAGGCCUUGAAACAUGUGGGAAUGGAGGAUAAGAUAGUCUCUAAAGGCAUUCCAAUGCAUGCCCGUAUGAUCCAUAAUCUGAAUGGAAAACGCUCUCCAAUACCCUACGGCAAAAAGGGACAGUACAUCCUCUCUGUGGACAGAGCUAACCUCAACAAGGAGCUGCUAACAGCGGCAGACGCAUAUCCAAACACUACACUGAACUUUAAUCACAAGCUGCAGGACUGGAGUCCAAAAUCGGGAACAAUGACCUUCUUUGGACCUGAUGGCCAGAAGAAGGAGAUCCAGGCUGAUCUGAUCGUAGGCUGUGAUGGAGCUUUCUCUGCCAUCAGGAAGCAGUACCUGCGGCAAAGUCGUUUCAAUUACAGCCAGACGUACAUUCCCCACGGGUACAUGGAGCUCACCAUGCCUCCUAAAGACGGAGAUUUUGCAAUGGAGCCCAAUUACUUGCACAUUUGGCCCAGGAACACUUUCAUGAUGAUUGCCCUGCCCAACUUGGACAGGACGUUCACAUGCACACUCUUCAUGCCCUUUGAAGAAUUUGAGAAGAUCCGCUCCGGUGACGAGGUCAUCCGUUUCUUCCAGAAAUACUUUCCUGACUCUGUACCUCUAAUAGGAGUUGAGGCUCUCAAACAGGAUUUCUUCCGGCUGCCGGCUCAGGCCAUGGUCUCGGUGAAGUGCUCCCCGUAUCAUCUGUUUGAUAAGUGUGUUCUUAUGGGAGAUGCGGCCCACGCUGUGGUUCCUUUCUAUGGUCAAGGCAUGAAUGCAGGCUUUGAGGAUUGUUUAGUUUUUGACGAGGUUAUGGACCAGCUGAAUGAAAACCUUGCUGCUGUGCUUGAAGAAUACACCAGAGUCCGUGUACCUGACGAUCACGCCAUAGCUGACCUGGCCAUGUACAACUAUGUAGAGAUGAGAGCACACGUCAAUUCCAGAUAUUUCCUGUUUCGAAAAUACCUGGACGGUUUCCUUCACUUCAUCAUGCCAAAAACAAUCGUCCCACUUUACACAAUGGUCACAUUCACCAGAACACGGUACCAUGAAGCUGUGAAGCGAUGGCAUUGGCAAAAUAAGGUGAUCACUCAAGGUCUGUGGCUGUGUGGAGCUGUAUCUGCUGCAGGAGGGAUGUACGUCUUGGUCAGAUACUCUCACAAACUCCCCAGAAUCUCUGCAGACCACCUGUGGACCCGUAUACUUGCCUUAAAGCACUUCUAAACCCUGUGUUGAUGUUUAGCAGCCUUAUCACCUCAAAGGAACAACUCCCAAAAGAUCUUCCAUGGCUCUGUACUGGACCAGAAUUGAAGUCUUGUUCAAUACAAGUUAAACAAAAAAUGCUCUGCAUUUUGUGUUAUGAUGUUGAUUACCACAGAAAAUCAUUUUGAGUAGUUUGUCAAUGUAGUGCACUUAUAAUUGGGGUAUAAUGGGCCAGCAUUCCAGAUGGUUUAAAGCAGAAUUGUAACUGGUAUGAUUGUUAAAGCACUUAUCUUCUCAUCAAUAGAUGCUUCCCUGGAAAGCACCAUGCUACUUAAGCAACAGGAAUGCUGACUUGCAUGAAUUAUUCUGUAAAAACAUUUAGUGUUUGAGUUUUAAAAGUUGUCUAUAUUGUAUUUUUGGAAGUGGGAAUACUUCUCUUAAACACUUAUACAUUUUAAUGUUUAGUUCCUGGUCCCGUGUACUUCCAUUUUAAAUGGAGAUUAUUCUAUAUUUUCUGUGAUUACUGUCACCAUGACCUUGAAAUUGUUGUAAUGGAUGUAUAAUUCGGUUUCAGUUUUAUUUCAGGUUUGCUUUUACUUUAUAUAUAUCAUGUAGAUCACAUCUGUGUGGGUGUUGUGAUCUCUAAGCACAUAGAUAUCAUUUCUUUGUUUUUAAUUAUUUAAAAAAGUCAAGCUGAUCACUGUCUGUUCUUGUAGAUUCAAAAUAAGUUAAAUGUGACUGAAUAAAAUCUUUUGU